AUGAUCACAUCUAUCAAACAGAUUCAGAGACUGAAACAAACAUUACAGCUCAAGCCACAGGUUGUGCUCACAGCCAACCACCAUGUCUUGCUCAAGCGACUCAACGUGUUCUCCAAAAAAAACAAGCUUUGUCAGCAAAAAACAAGCUUUGUCAGCUUUGUCAGCAAAAAGCAAUCUAACCUUUGCCUCGUGCCGCAGGCCCAACGACGCAGGCGCGCUGACCAGGCCUUUGAGCUGUUCCAGCUGGCAUUGCAGAUUCAUCGCGGCAAAGCGUCCGCAGAAGCAUUGGAAUCGCUGCUUCAAGAGCAUGGAGUCUCCAACAUCACGCGAAGCACACUGACAACCCUCUUCCCGUCUAGUAAUGGUCGCGCCCCGUCCAGCCGUGCGGUUGCACACCUGUACAAAGUCACGGACAAGGAAAUACGUGCUGCUCGAGGACGGGCGGUCCUUGUUACGCCACGCCACGAUGGCCGGACAAUCAUGACAGCAGCAGAGCGCGAGCUACUGGCCCAGCACAUUGCUGCCUCUGCACAGGACAGUUUGCCCGAGAGGCGGGCGCAUGUUGCCAGCGUCAUGCGCGACCUGCUAGAGAUACGGCGCGAGCUAUUGGAAACGGCCAAACGCAACAACUUGCCCGAAGCUGCCCGGAUUCCCGCGUUGACGCAGCGCGAGCGCUCCUUCCUGGCUCGAUGCGAUGGGCCACGCGCCUCGAGCAAAAAUUCGCAGCGCACACCCCUGCGAGAACACUGGUUUGAAGCAUGGGAGCAUGAGUAUGGACUCGAUUUGAAGAGUGCACGGCCUCAAACUUCGUGCGGAGGAUCCGUCGCGGCCCACCUGCACUGCGGCGCACUCUUUGAUGCUUUUGGCAAGGCCCUGCAGAGCCUCGGAUUCUUGGACUCUUCUGGACCCCAGGCCGGGUCGAUUCGCAACAACCGCCUGUGCCACAUCUGGUACGUCGACAAAAUGUCUGGUCUCGGAACUGGCUUUGAAGCGUUGCAUACCACCGCCAGCAACGACCAGCACUCGGAUCCAGUAGCCAUGGCUGGGAAGACCCACAACUGCGCCGGCACCGUUGUCACCGCCAUUGCCCUUGGUGGGGCGCUGGCCCCACCCCUGUUCAUCCACAAGCAAGCUACACUGCCUGCCGACACGGUUGCUGCCUCCGUCGACCUGCCGGCGACGCUCGUGACCGACACGAGGUUUCAGCACUUUGCCAGUUGUGCCAACAAGACUGGCUGCGUCACCCGCCGUCUUUUCUUGGCGUUUUGUCGCCGACUCCGCGCCUUUACGGGCCACACCGAGCCCCUUCUUCUCUUGUGCAAUGGACGUCAACCGUACAUAUCAGCCGCGCUCUUGACAUACUUGCGCACCAUCAACAUUUUUCUCUUUGCGGUGCCUUCACAGCCGGGUGGCUGCCUGGACCCGGGUGAUCAGUGGCAUCAGCAUGUAUCCCGCGAUCGUCUUUGCAAUCUGGCUUGCACGUUCUCCUUCGCAGCCGGUCAGGCUGUCACGCUCACGGAGGAACACUGUGCACUCUAUGCCGCCAUUCAGGAGCAGAGCCACCACCCCGAGCGCAUCGUUGCUGCAUGGGCGGCAGCAGGCAUUACUCGAGCGCACUGGGGCUGGGAGCUGGCCAACAAUCCACUGACUGAAACUGCAUGUGAGAUGGAUCAGCAGAGUUCCUCCUCGGCUGCACGACAAGCAUCCCCCGUACCAAUGCCAGAUCCCGGUCCUCUAGACCCAGCAAGCUCCCCGCGCACUUUGCUUUGCUGGGCCAAGGAGGCAUACGACUACAUUCAAGCCGCUCGACCACUUCUGGAACGUUGUGAGCAGCUUGAGCGCAAACUUGGAGAAAUUGAAGCUGCGGCCAUUCACGAGCAGAACAAGCGGGUUAAGGUCAUGGAUUCUGCCUCGGACUUACCAGUCCGCAUUGUCCAGACUUCGGCUGAUCCAGAGGCGCCUUGGGGUGAUUUUGACGCGUCUGUCAACUGGGUGCAAACCGAGGAUGAGCCGGACGACGGCGUCUACCCCUCGUUUGACUUUUGGCAUCGAGACUUGCCAGACACGAACCCCUCCACAAUGGACGAGCCCUCUGCGGCAACAUCUCUGAUGCCGCCGCCGUUUGCGGAGGGUGAUUUGGAUCAGCAUGAGCUUGCGCAAAUCCUGCAAGCGUGUGAGCCGGCUACUCGAGCUUAUCGGAACCGCGUGCUCUGUCCAGCAAGACAAAUAAGACAAGAGCCUCAGCCCACCGGGAAUUGA